AUGGACUUAGUUAGGUCAAUGUCUGGGCCCUUCUUGAGCACACUAGAUGAGUGCUCACUCAUGAAUACUAAAAACAGAGCAUUAGAUGAUCUGACUGGAAACAUGCUGUAUCCAAGGAAAGAUAAAAAUGAGCCUAAAGAUGAUUCAGAGAUUGACAGAAGUGUCACUGCUUCCACAAGCUCAAGAGUGAAGACAGCACCUUCUCGGUUUCAGAGUAUGAGAGGGCCUAUAGUAAUAGAGAAAGAGGGAAAGGAAAACAUACAUUUUACAGUUACGGAUAGACAUGCUUCUGUUGACACUCAAGAUCAUUGUCAUGUGUGGCACGUGAAUCUAGAAGCCCUUCCAGAAUGGAUAAGCUGCCUAAUACAAAAGGCACAGUGGACUUUUGGAAAAUUGAACUGCCCUUUCUGCGGGGCCCAUUUAGGGGGCUUUAACUUUGUCAGCACUCCAAAAUGUUCCUGUGGCCAGCUUGCAGUUGUAUAUCUCUCCAAGAGCUGGACCGAUUAUCAAGCAACACAGGCAAAUGGAUUAAUGAGACCAUCGCUGAAAUACUUGUCCAAUUCUAGAAUUCAGCCAGGUUGUAACAAAGAAACUCUGCUGACAGGUGGUGGCUCCAGAAAGAGGCUUUUAAACAUGGCCCAAAAUAAUAAUGGCCUUGGAAGAUUAACAGAAGCACUCUGCCUGGAGGUGAGAUCAACUUAUUUUCAGAUGAAGAACAAAAAAUUGCUCUUCAAAGCACCAGAUUCAAAAUACCAGCUUUUUGUUCCCCAACUAAUGUCUGGCAGAUGCACUGCAAGAGCUUUUCAUAGAAAAUCACAUAGUUUGGAUCUGAACAUCAAUGAGAAGCUGACUUUGUUACCCACUUUAUAUGAAAUACAUAGUAAGAGUACUGCCUAUACCAGGCUAAAUGAAACACAGCCUAUUGACCUUUCAGACUUGCCUUUACAGUCUAGUAAAAAUAGCUGUUCUUUUCAGAAUCCAUCUAGUUUUGAUACUGAUUUGCUGCUACAAAGAUUUUCUGUGGCUCCCCAUGAGACCCAGACACAAAGAGGAAGAGAAUUUCAGUGUGGUCUAGAAGCUUCUUCAGUGUACUCGGACCACACAAAUAGCAACAACCUGACUUUGCUGAUGGACCUACCUUCAGCUGGCAGGAGCAUGUUAGAGACCUCAGACCAAGAAGAGCACCUCUCCCCUCUGGAAUUCCUCCGUUCAGCCAGUAAAUUUUCAUUGGGCAACAUUAAUCAGAGGCUAAAUAAGAGAGAAAGAAGCAAGUUGAGGAAUCUAAGAAAGAAACAACAAAGGCAUGAAAGAUGGCUGCAGAACCAGAAUUUGAAUGAUGAGAUGAGUACAGAUGAUGACAAUGAAUAUGCAGAGGAAAAGGAUAGCUACAUAUGCGCAGUAUGUCUGGAUGUUUAUUUCAACCCUUACAUGUGCUACCCUUGCCAUCACAUCUUCUGUGAGCCCUGCUUACGGACCCUGGCCAAAGACAAUCCUGCAGAUACUCCCUGCCCACUGUGCCGGACAGUUAUUUCUAGAGUGUUUUUCCAGACAGCUGCCGCCUUGUCCUCAAUGAAUGACAUAUUUCCCUUUGAUGAUCACUUUGAUUUGGGGGAAGAACUGGAGGUCACGUGGUAUCAGGAAACAGUGAAUAAGGUGGAUGAGAACAAACUAUGUUUCCUCAUUCUGUGGGAUGGACCUUCGCAGCAACUUAGCUGUGUUUUUUAUUAUAUCUCCUAA